UCGGAAAUAGGAGACCAUAUACACGAUGAAUAGACCUGGGCAGCACGGGAGGCUAAGCGCAACCAGAGAGACAAGCACUCCCUUUCUCCCCUUUGCGGAACACCCAAGACAGCCGCCCCCAAAAUGGCUCCUUCCACCCCCGAGGUCUGGAGACGCCCCCCAACACCGCUUCUCCGGGGCCUCCAAGGAACGGCAGGUCGGCCCGGCCCGCCCCGCCCCCGGUCGCGGAGACUCGGUUUCCCAGAAGUCCCCAGGCUGCGUCCAGCCAGCAGCUCCCAGGCGCCCCCUGGUGGCGCACGUGAGCGCGACUCCAGUUCCCGGCGGCCCGCGCGGCACGCUCCGGGCGGAAGGACGGCUCGUAAUGGCGGCGGCUAGUUCCGCCGCUGUGUCCGGGGCAGGGACCCCAGUGGCAGGUCCCGCAGGCCGCGACCUUUUCGCCGAGGGGCUCCUCGAGUUCCUGCGACCGGCUGUGCAGCAGCUGGACUCUCACGUCCACGCCGUCAGAGAGAGCCAGGUAGAACUACGGGAACAGAUUGACAACCUAGCUACUGAACUGUGCCGGAUCAAUGAGGAUCAGAAGGUGGCCCUGGACCUCGACCCCUACGUGAAGAAGCUGCUUAAUGCCCGGCGGCGAGUGGUCUUGGUCAACAACAUUCUACAGAACGCGCAGGAACGACUGAGGCGGCUAAACCACAGCGUGGCCAAGGAAACAGCCCGCAGGAGGGCAAUGCUGGAUUCAGGGGUUUACCCUCCUGGUUCCCCAAGCAAGUAAUAGGCCAGAAGAUGGGAGCCACCCAUGGCCUCAGAGUAGCACAAGUACUGUUCCCCAGCUGCUUUUCUUCCAGGACUCCCUGUAGACCAUGGGACAUCAGCAUAGCAGCCCAGUUUGUUUGAAGCACUUAAGUCUUACCCAUUUAUGUGGGGCCUCAAACCGGUGUACGGCAGGAUCAAUGAUCCCAAAGGAUUUAUUAUGACUCUUGCUUCCAAGAAGGAGCUGAGGCCUGUACAUACUCAAGACAGAACUCCUCUACCUUCAGGCCUAGUUCUGUUCUUCUGUUGCAUGUCCUCUACUUGUGACUUUUGUGUUUACAGAGGAUUUGGAGAAGAGGGCAGGCAAAGUCAAGGUAACAACUCCUGUCUAUACCCUCUUUUGUUGACUGCACUUGUCUUGAAUAAAGUAGCAGUAUUGCUAGAACCAUUUAAUUCAAUAAAUGCUUAAACAGUG